CAUUAUAUUUUAGUAAUCACAAAAUUGUUUAAAGCGUGACUACGAAAGUAAGCGGUAAAUAACGAUGUGGAUUUCCCAGAACAUGCAGGUUCGUUUGGUGACACUGAAGGAUCCGCCAAAGACCAUCCUAUUCAGUUUCCUGACGACCAAGUUUGGUCAGAUGAUGAUGGGAGUAAUUGAGCCAAUAGCCGGGGAUUCGAAAGACCAAGUCGCAGUUACUGUGCUUCACUUCGUGGAUAAGAACAUUGUCAGUACCUACAAUGAGGUCCGCAAGCGGUGGCCAAAAUCCGAACUCUGGAAGGACGAUGAUACGGUCAAGUUGGUUGCGGAUAAACUGUUCGGAGGCGACAAGGAAAACUCGGAGGAGAUACCCAUUGCCAUCUUUGGAACUGAUUUCCAGCUGUCUGUAUGGAGAGCUCUGGUGGAUAUAAAAAGGGGAGAGACCUGCACCUACUCCCAACUGGCCGAAAGCAUGGGUCGUCCAACGGCAGUCAGAGCAGUGGCCAAUGCUGUGGCACGAAAUGACGUGGCAAUCCUCAUUCCGUGCCACAGGAUUGUUUCACAAAAUGGAGAUUCAAAGUUCCACUGGGGCCCAGUCCUCAAGCAACAGCUCCUAGCCCAUGAAAAAUCAGAGAACUAUUAAAAAGUGUUACUUGUAUUUUUAUUGAAA